CGCAGCCCGUGUGCCCACGCAUUCGCAUCCGGUCCUUGCGCACAACUCCACUCUCGCUCUCCCAGCCGCUCCUGUCGGUGCCGAAGGCAAAGGGCAAUGGCACCCCUCUGCGUGUCCCUCCUCGCUGUGGCGUUGUGCGCGCUCACGCUGCUCGCGGCGCCGCCGGCCUCCGCGUCGCGAGACCUUCGCCCGCGCCGGGCGGGCUUCGUCGUGCGCGGCCGCGUCUGGUGCGACAACUGCCGCACGGGCUUCGAGACCCCCGCAUCCACCUACAUUGCCGGAGCUAAGGUGAGAGUCGACUGCAAAUCGAAAACCACUGGGGCAAACACAUGCAGCUUCGAGGGACAUACUGAUCGCACUGGCACCUACAACAUCCUUGUCGCUGAUGAGCAUGAGCAUGAGCUCUGCGAGUCCAUCCUUGUGAGCAGCCCGGACAAGGGGUGUUCCAAUGUUGUGGUUGGCCGUGAGAGGGCCCCUGUCUUCCUCACCAGCAACAAUGGGGUUGCAUCCAACAUUCGUUUGGCAAAUGCUCUGGGGUUCGAGAAGGACGUUGCCCUUCCUAGAUGCGCACAAAUCCUCAAGAUGUACCAGGAUGAGAAUGACCGUGUGUAAUUACGCCUGAGUUUAGAUGUACUUGGCGAGUUACAUAUUUAUGUGGUGUCUGAAAUGUUCUAGAACCUCUAUAUCUAUUACUAAGAAAAACGAUAUUGUCGCCACUUAAGUCUUAAUAUCUUGGCACUAAAGUGUGUGUGCAUGUUUACUGCAGAUGUUAUGAGCUAAUAAAUAUAUCUGGCUAAUGUGAUACAGUUAAAAAUACA